GAGCGAGAAGCGCUGAGAGUCGCACUUCCACCAGUCUUUACACAUACACACACACUGUUCAUUACUAACAUCACACACAGGGCUGGACUCACACUCAGCCAGGCCUUAUUCUCUGUCGUCUUCAGAUCUACUACUACCGGGAUACUACCGGGAUAUAGGACUUUAAAAAGCGGUUUUAAUGUUCGUCGGAGCGAGCGGAGCCAGCCAUCAUGGGUUUGCUGUUACCAGCCAGCCUGCUGAAGUGAGCUGGAUUUUCCCUCCGGUUUAAGCCCCACCCCUCCCCCAGGGGCCACUGCCCCCUCCAUCCCACCGGAGGACCGGCAAUCAUGGCGGGAAUCAAGCGCGGGUACGACGGUAAGAUCGCCGGGCUGUACGACCUGGACAAGACACUCGGCCGUGGCCAUUUCGCCGUGGUCAAACUAGCACGUCACGUCUUCACGGGUGAAAAAGUGGCGGUCAAGGUGAUCGACAAGACCAAACUGGACACGGUAGCGACCGGUCACCUCUUCCAGGAGGUCCGCUGUAUGAAACUGGUCCAGCACCCCAACAUCGUUCGACUUUAUGAGGUCAUCGACACGCAGACCAAACUGUACCUGAUCCUGGAGCUCGGCGACGGGGGCGACAUGUUCGAUUACAUCAUGAAGCACGAGGAGGGGCUGAGCGAGGAGCUGGCUAAGAAAUAUUUUGCGCAGAUCGUGCAUGCCAUCUCGUACUGUCAUCGGCUGCACGUGGUCCACCGUGACCUGAAGCCCGAGAACGUGGUGUUCUUCGAGAAGCAGGGCUUGGUCAAGCUCACCGACUUUGGCUUCAGUAAUAAGUUUCAGCCGGGGAAGAAGCUGACCACCAGUUGCGGUUCGCUGGCUUACUCUGCCCCAGAGAUCCUGUUGGGGGACGAGUAUGAUGCACCUGCUGUGGAUAUCUGGAGUCUGGGAGUCAUUCUCUUCAUGCUGGUUUGUGGUCAGCCCCCCUUCCAAGAGGCCAACGACAGUGAGACCCUCACUAUGAUCAUGGACUGUAAAUACACUGUACCUGCCCACGUCUCCAACGCCUGCAAAGACCUGAUAAACCGGAUGCUUCAAAGGGAUCCGAAGAGGCGAGCAUCGCUGGAGGAGAUCGAGUGCCACGCGUGGCUUCAAGGCGUCGAUCCGUCUCCAGCCACGAAGUAUAGCACCCCAUUGGUGUCUCACAAGAACUUGUCAGAGGAAGAACACAACGGCAUCAUCCAACGCAUGGUGCUGGGUGAUAUCGCAGAUAGAGAAAACAUCAUCGAGGCCCUGGAGACAAACAAGUAUAACCACAUCACUGCUACUUACUUUCUGUUGGCUGAACGCAUCCUAAGGGAAAAGCAGGAGAAGGAGGUGCAACCUCGAUCCUCCAGCCCCAGUAACAUCAAGGCCCACUUCAGGCAGUCAUGGCCGACCAAAAAAAUCGGCAUGCUUCAGGACAUCGAGGACAGUAUAGCCUCUUCCUCCAUCUCUCACGCUGGGGGUCCACAAUCUCCGGCUCGAAGCACUGAAAACCUGCUGAACGGCCACCGCAGUAAAGGACUUCUAGAAGUGGGACAUAGGGAGGAGACCAGUGAAGCCUCCAGCAGCUCUGCUGCACCCGUUGCUCUGCCCCCAAACCCCCUCAAGACUGGGGUCAUGGCACCUCUCGCAUCCGCUUCGGUGAAGCAACGUACCUGCCUUUUUCGAGUGGAAGAGGACGAGGAAGAAGAGGAAGAACAGGAGCCUUCACCAUUGCUCGCCCAAGUGGUUUUGCGACGCAAGCCACCAUCCAUCACCAACCGGCUCACGUCCCGCAAAAGCGCCCCGGUGCUCAAUCAAAUCUUUGAGGAGGGCGAAUCUGAUGAUGACUUCGACAUGGAUGAGAGUCUUCCGCCUAAGCUUAGCCGGUUGAAGAUGAACAUGACAUCUCCGGGCACUGCCCAGAAGCGUUACCACCGGCGCAAGAGUCAAGGCCGCGGAUCGAGUUGUUCCAGCUCGGAAACCAGUGACGAUGAUUCGGAGAGCCACCGCAGGCGAUUAGAUAAAGACACAGGGUUUACCUACAGCUGGAAUCGUAGGGACAGUAGCGAGGGUCCGCCUGGAAGCUCGGGGGGAAAUGGGGGUGGAAGCAGCGGAGGGCAAAGUAAACCACCUGAGGAGGGUAACUCGGGACCAGACAAGGGAAGUCCUCCAGGCGGAGGAGGAGGAGGGAGUAGUGGUGGUACAGGAGGGAGCGGAGGAGGCGGAGGGGGUACAAAAGGACAAGGAGGCCCUUCCAGCUGUUCCCGAAGCAACAACAACAACGCUUCAUCCGGCUCGAAGCGUAGUGCAGCUCGCAGCGCCGGAGAACUGGUGGAGAGUCUGAAGCUCAUGAGUUUGUGCUUGAGCUCUCAGUUUCAGCAUCGCAGCUCGGGAGGAGGAGGACGGUUUAUUCUGGAUCCUCAGAGCCUGUCCAGCGUCAAAGUCCAGGAGAAGUCCUCCUGGAAGAUGUGCAUUGGUUCCAACAGCAGUCUAGACAAAGUCAUCAACCCUGCCGGGGUAGGGGCAACGGAGCGAUAUCCGGAUCAAACGGCAGUCAUGCUGAACGAACUGGGCCUGGUCAAGGAGAAUAACCUGAACUUGAAAAACAACGUUCUCCAGCUACCUCUGUGCGAGAAAACCAUCUCGGUGAACAUCCAGCGAAGUCCCAGGGACGGGCUCCUCUGUGCCUCGGCCCAGGCCAGCUGCUGCCAGGUCAUAUGACUCCAUUGUUCCUGUUGCCACAUUUGUAGCGCAACGAUGAGUUCACCACCAGUAGCUGUAUAUGACCCCUUGACCCCAACCUGACCUUUGAACCUGCCUUCUGUGUCGUCUUAAUCAUUCUCACAAUUUAUUUAUUAAGUUUCUUCUGUUGGACCCGUUGGUUUUAAUGAAGUGCACGCUGCUAGCCUUUCCUUUCGUGUGUGUGUGUGUGUGUGUGCGUGUGUGUGUGUGUGUGUGUGCGUGCGUGCGUGCGUGCGUGCGUGUGCGAGUCUUGUUUUUGCUUUUAUUCCCCUAAAAUGCUCUUACCGUGAAUUACAUUGGUUCCAACUUGGCCCAAUCAAUCAAACGUUGUGGAAACUGUGUAUGUAUAAACAGUUGAAUAAAGUGAGAUAUUUACAUAAGACCAAAAGUAUGACAGAGCAGAACAUGGCAAUUCAGAAAACUAGCACUUAAAGUGGCUCAAAGUAAAUUUAGGUAUAAAGACUGAUUUUGUAGAUUAAGCCCCAGUGUCACUGCAGUAUCAAAGACAGAUUGAAUGAUAUUAAAGUAAAAGCAAUAGUGAAGAAGUCAUAGCGCUCCCUUGUGAGUCUUAAAGUUAAGUACUGUCUUGCACACAGCCGGUUUUUAUUCGCCAUCUUUAAAGUGAUGUCGACUGUUUUCAUUUCACUGUUAAAACUGUUUCAGUUUAACUAAACUUGAGGUUACUGACAAUCAGUUGCAAUAUCUUAUUAAGGGAAAUUCUUUAUGGAAAUGUUCCUAAAGUGGGUUACGGGAUAAUCCAGAAAACAUACUUUUCAUUGUUUGGUUUGAAUUGAAUUGUCACGUGUAAAUUUGCAUCACACCUCACCUUAAGUAUUCAUUUUUGUGUGCAUUCAAGGAACGAUUUUUCAGAUUUAAGUGCAAUUUAUACAAGUCAAAACUGGCAAAUUUUUUAACCCCCCAUAAAAUGCCCAUCUGAGUUGCCAAAUUUGCAUCCCAGACCUAGAUGCGUUUUAUCAUUGAACAAAGGAUCAAAUGAAAAUAACACUACGGUGUAAGUCCACAGUUAGGACGACAUACAUACAAAUCACAGCGGGCAUAAUUAGACAUGAGCUGUUUGUGCUGGAGUAAAAGCCUGCAGACUUCAGCUGUGUAGUACUGAAUAGUAAAUGAGAACCGUUGAGCCACUGCCCUUCUUUUUCAAUGUCACUACCGCAAGACAGAAUCUGAAAACAGAAUUUAUUUUCGGUUGCAGAUCCCGAUGUUGGCCAUCUCACUCCUGUUGUUCUUGUACUGGUCAGCUUUGAGUUACUGUGUAUACCAGUCUCCGAACGGACUGGCCUUACGGGCUGUUUAUAAGUAUGUACAUAUAUAUUUUUUAAAGUAUAUAGUUUUUUUGAAAGGACUGCUGUUUUAAUGCUGUGUCGGAUGUGGGCCUCGAGUCGGCUUCCAGAUGGGAUAAAACAGGGCUGUUUUGUCACCUGAUGACAUUUAAAUCUCGUAUUCUGUGAUUGGCCACUCUUUCGGGAUGUGUUGGCCAUCACCUGAUAUAGAUCAAAUCAAAGGUCUGCUGUGAGUGUACAAGAGGAUUGGGUGUGAGAAAUUUAAAGGGCAUUUGCAAUAAGCUAUAAGUUGCAGCUAUAUGUAAAUAUAAUUUCUGUUUCGUUUUUAUAUUUCAAACCUGUACGUCCUUCAAAUGGCUCACUUAACCCAUCUUAAGUAUUUCCGUACGUUGCGUCUUUUCGUUUUAAGAAUAAAGUCUGUAAAUAUAGGUGUAAAUAUGGUGCUCUAUACUUAGAAAUGCAGUGUUGGACUUCUUGUUCAUAGCUGUAAUAUAGCCUUAUUAGAUAUGAGUGUCAAAUACAGAGCAGGGGAGGUUGAAAAGAAGAAAACCGUGCUGUAUGCAUCAUGUCAGUCUCUGACUUUGUCCUACCCUAAUGUAAACAGCUUAACGACAUGUGCAUGUGUUGUGCGUUUGACAUUAUUGAUCCAAGUCCAUUCAGAGGAGAAGAACCAACUCGAGAUGUUACAGGACCAAACCAUGUACUGACGUUAAAAAAAUGACUUCGAAGAAGCAAAACGAAUAAAUGUUCUGUUGCUGAAACUUGUCCUUAAAAGUUACAUAUAGCUAUGGUGAUGUCCAAAAUUAAAUGUGAAAUAUGUUGUCUUCAAA